AUGGAUACCCGAGCUUCUAUACCUCUUCCACCUUAUAGUGAGACGGAUACGAACGCCAGUAUUAUCCUAACGCCGCCUUCUUCGCAUUAUGCUAAUGCAGCUGUGACGGCUUCGACACUGCCAUCUCUUGCCUCGGACACUGCUACAGGAGCAGGCAUCUACACUCCCAGCACGUCUCCAUCUCCAUCUGAAUAUCAGCAUCCAGAACUUCCAGCUGACUACACUGUUUCUCUAUCCGCUGCAGCCUUUUUUGAGUCGCGGCCUCUGCUGGACAGACUUUCUUCUCAUCCGACCAUAAGCCACAACAUUACUGUAGGCUCCGAGACCGAUCAUGGAGACCUUCCUUGCCUCGAGGAGUUGGCAUCGAACGAUGUCACUCAGCAGGAUUGGGCUACGUUUCUUAACCACCUCUUACCUGGACGUAUUGUCAUUGUUAAUAAUGAUAUCGCCAAUCGUAAACUAUGA